AUGGGAGACGAACAGAAACCCACCCCGGAGAACAUGACCAUGAUGCAGGGCUUCGAGUGGUAUGUGCCCGCCGAUCACAAGCACUGGAUCAGACUGGAGAAGCACGUCCCUCAGCUCAAGAGCUGGGGUAUUGAUAACAUCUGGAUUCCCCCCGGAUGCAAGGGCUCCUCAAAAGAGGGCAAUGGCUACGAUAUCUAUGAUCUCUACGAUCUCGGCGAGUUCGAUCAAAAAGGCACGACUGUCACCAAGUGGGGCAGCUUCGAGGAGCUCAUGAAGCUGGCCGAGACCGCUAAGAAGACUGGCGUCGGCCUGUACUGGGACGCUGUGCUGAACCACAAGUUUGCCGCUGAUCACAAGGAGAAGUGUCUCGCUCAGGAGGUCGACCAGGAUGACCGGACCAAGUUCGUGAGCGACAAGUAUGAGAUCGACGCCUGGGUGGGCUUCGACUUCCCCGGCCGCGGGGACAAGUAUAGCCCAAUGAAGUAUCACUGGUAUCACUUUAGUGGAGUGGACUACAAUGCUGCGAACAACAAGACUGCCAUCUACAAGAUCAUGGGCGAGCAAGGCGAGGGCUGGGCCGCCGUCCCCGAUGUCGACAGCGAGAAGGGCAACUAUGACUUCCUGAUGGGCUCCGAUCUUGAUUACUCGCAUCCCGAAGUGGAGGAGGAUGUGUUAAACUGGGGCAAGUGGCUCGCCAGUACUGUUCCGCUGAAAGGAUUCCGCUUUGAUGCCAUCAAGCACUACAGCGAGGACUUUCUUCGCAAGUUCAUCACCAAAAUGGAUGAGACGUACGGACAGGGUUGGUUUGUUGUUGGCGAGUUCUGGAAGGACAGCCUUGAUGACAUGACAAAAUAUUUGGAUCGCAUGGGCAAAAAGUUCUCGCUCUUUGAUGCACCGCUCGUCUACAACUUCAGCCAAAUCAGCCAGGGCAACGGUGCCGACAUUAGGCAGAUCUUCGAUGACACGCUUGUACAGAAGGCACCGAUGUGCGCAGUGACGCUGGUUAUGAACCACGACACGCAGCCAUACCAAGCCCUAGAGGCCCCAGUCGCGGACUGGUUCAAGCCCCUCGCCUAUGCACUGAUCCUUCUCCGCAUUGACGGCUACCCUUGCGUAUGGUAUGGCGACUUGUACGGCAUCAAGGGCGAGCACCCCUUCCCUCCCUCAUGCGGCGGUAACCUGCCCAAGAUCAUGCUCGCCCGGAAGCUCUACGCCUACGGCAAGCUGGCCGAUUACUUUGACUAUGCCACCUGCAUUGGCUGGGUUCGCUACGGCACCUGGGAUCGGCCGUACGGCUGUGCCACUGUGCUCAGCAACGCCGGCGCGGGCACGAAGAGGAUGCACGUCGGCGAGCAGCACGCCGGUGAGAAAUGGACCGACGUGCUUGGUUGGUCUGAUAGAGAGGUCGAGAUUGGCGAGGAUGGCUUUGGUGAGUUCGUCUGUGGCCAGACGAGCGUCAGCAUCUUUGUCAACAAAGACGCUGAAGGGAGGGACAAGUUUGCCGAGAGCUUUGAUAGCAACAUUUACGAAGAAUGA